AUCUCCAAUUAAGGCCUAAAACCCUUUUCCCCUUGCGCGCGCUUUAACGGCACCGGCGUAAUAGGCUGAGCUCCGGCGAACUUCACCGGUAAUACGCCGGUUUCGAUGUUACGAGUAGGUUCUACUCUCCGCGCAUCAAGAAGGCUCUUAAACAGACAGCUCCACUUUCAAUGCCCUAUAAUUGCCGGAGAUUCUGCAAUCGCCGGCAUAGCGCCGGUGCGUCACCGGAGAUUCAUACCGUUCAAUUACAGUAGUAGUUUUGGGAAUAUAUCUGCUUCGGCCUCAUUUUUUUCCACGUUGAGUUCAAAUAGCUCGAUUUUUAAUGCACCUAAUACUGAGAGAGCUGAGGAAAAUGAUAGUGUUGAACCUAAUUUAUCAGUUGCGGGAGAUGCUGGAGUUGCUUUAUCAGAGGUAGAACGAGUGGUGCCGCGCUUAUCUGAUGGAAUUUUGGAUGCUUAUUUAGCAAUUGAGCUAGCAUUGGAUUCUGUAGUUAAGAUAUUUACUGUUUCCAGCAGUCCUAAUUACUUCCUUCCAUGGCAGAACAAGUCUCAGCGCGAAACGACGGGCUCUGGUUUUGUUAUUCCGGGAAAGAGAAUCCUGACAAAUGCUCAUGUUGUGGCUGAUCAUACAUUUGUACUUGUACGAAAGCAUGGUUCUCCAACCAAGUAUAGAGCAACAGUUCAGGCUGUUGGUCAUGAAUGCGACUUGGCUAUUCUGGUGGUAGAAAGUGAAGAAUUCUGGGAGGGCAUGAACUCUUUGGAUCUUGGUGAUGUUCCAUUUCUCCAAGAAGCUGUAUCUGUUGUUGGUUAUCCUCAAGGGGGAGACAAUAUAUCUGUCACAAAAGGUGUCGUCUCAAGGGUUGAACCUACUCAAUAUGUACAUGGGGCUAGUCAACUAUUGGCAAUACAAAUUGAUGCGGCUAUAAAUCCAGGGAAUAGUGGAGGGCCAGCAAUCAUGGGUGACAAAGUUGCUGGAGUUGCUUUCCAAAACCUUUCGGGUGCAGAGAAUAUUGGCUACAUUAUUCCUGUUCCUGUGAUAAAGCAUUUUAUAGCUGGCGUAGAAGAACGUGGUGAAUACGCUGGGUUUUGCUCUCUGGGCUUGUCAUGCCAACCUACUGAAAAUGCACAAAUUCGAGAAUACUUCCAAAUGCAGUCAAAAAUGACAGGUGUACUUGUUAGCCGAAUCAAUCCACUUUCUGAUGCUUCUAGAGUAUUAAAGAAAGACGAUAUAAUCCUCUCAUUUGAUGGUGUCCCCAUAGCAAGUGAUGGAACAGUUCCUUUCCGAAACAGAGAGAGAAUCUCAUUUGACCAUCUCGUAUCUAUGAAGAAACCAAAUGAAACUGCUGAACUUAAAGUCUUGAGGAAUGGUGAAGUACAUGACUUCAAGAUCACGCUUCAUCCUUUGCAACCUCUUGUUCCAGUUCAUCAAUUUGACAAGCUUCCGAGUUAUUUCAUUUUUGCUGGUCUCGUCUUUAUUCCAUUAACUCAACCAUUCCUUCACGAGUAUGGAGAAGAAUGGUAUAAUACCUCACCCCGUCGGUUGUGUGAACGGGCACUUCGGGAACUACCUAAGAAACCCGGCGAACAAUUCAUCAUCCUUUCACAGGUGUUGAUGGAUGAUAUUAAUGCUGGUUAUGAGCGUCUUGCUGAGUUACAGGUGAAGAAGGUUAAUGGUGUAGAAGUUCUGAACCUGAAACAUUUACGUCAACUCGUGGAAGAUGGUAACCAAAAGAACGUGAGAUUCGAUUUGGAUGAUGAGAGGGUGAUUGUUUUGAACUAUGAAUCCGCAAGAAUAGCCACAUCUCGUAUAUUGAAACGCCAUAGAAUACCUCAUGCCAUGUCUAUCGAUCUUACUGAUGAGCAAAAUGCAGCUGAACUACAGUCAGCUUGCUCAACCUAAUUUUGUAUACCAGUCGAACCUCUCUAUAACAAUAUGGUUUGCUACUAUAGAGGAUGAUUGUUAUAGAGAAGUCGGAUUGUACUCUUCACUAUUCUUUCCAAAUUUUUGUUAUUUAUAUACCUUUUGUACUUUUAUUUGAAAUAAUAAAUAUAUUCUUAUUUAUGUAGUCAUUACCUGUAU